GGUGACUCGCACGCGGCCGUCUGCCCCCGGUUCCUCCUUCUCUUGGCUGGUGGUGGCCUUGCUGGCCAUCGCAGUGGCCACGUGUGUUCACGACCCAAAGGGGCUAGAACUCGCGGUGCGUCGCGCCCUACUGAAGAUCUACGUGCCUGAUGAAAUCGCAGUGGACUGCGGCGACGCGCACCAAUUCCUAACGGACGUGGUGCCUGUCAAAGGUUUUCACGUGUUGUGCAUCGAGACGACGGCGAUCGACGCGUACGACGACGUGAAAACGUUAAUUUCCAGCGGUUCGAACCAGGGACGCUAAUGCAGAUGUCUGUAAUUGGUUGCUGUGUUGUUUGCAGACUGAAGGUGACGGGGUUUAAGGAUGGCAUGCAUGUGAACAGCUCAGUGGAGACGACGAAGGAUCUUCAGACGUUUAGGCGCGCAGUGGAAGAAGAGCUGCUGCAGAUUCCAAAAUCUAGCGACGAGUAUGCGCGUAAAUACAAGCAACCGCCAGCGUACUUCACGCCAGAUGGAGUGAGGUUGGAGACGGAUAUUACCGCGCUGCAUAAUCGGAUCGUGUUUUUGUUCGAAGGUGGCCAGUUCAUUUGGCCCGGAAUUCGGGUCGGCCACAAGACACUGCUUAACAAGACCUAUGGCCGAGGUGAUCUCGUGCUGGAGACGAUCAGUAUGACGCCGCUCGUGUUUAGUGUGGAGGAAUUCCUCCGUGAUGACGAGAUCGACGUCAUCCUGGAGCUGUCGAUGCCGCAUUUGGCGCCGUCCGGUGUGACUCUGCAGGACGGCCACGAGAACAGACCGGCAACGGACUGGCGCACGAGUACAACGUACUGGCUGGACUCGUCCAGUCACCCUGUGGUGCAAACAAUUGACAAACGUACAGCCGACCUCGUCAAGGUUCCAAUCAGCCACCAGGAAUCCGUGCAAGUGCUGCGUUACGAGCCCACGCAGCACUACGACCAGCAUCUGGACUACUUCUCGGCCGAACGCCAUCGCAACUCGCCUGACGUGCUAAAGCGGAUUGAGUACGGCUACAAGAACCGCAUGAUCACGGUGUUCUGGUACAUGUCGGAUGUGGCUAAGGGCGGGCACACCAAUUUCGCUCGUUCUGGUGGCCUACCACGCCCGUCUUCUAACAAGGACUGCUCGCAAGGCAUUAGCGUCGCACCCAAGAAGCGUAAAGUCGUCGUGUUCUACAGUAUGCUGCCGAAUGGCGAGGGAGAUCCCAUGAGUCUGCAUGCUGGCUGCCCAGUCGAAGAAGGCAUCAAACUGUCGGGCAACAAGUGGAUCUGGAACAAACCGCGCAGCGAUGAUGACUAGAGUGGCCAUCAGCUGCAGUUCUUGUAUGUCAGUACUGGUAAUGAAGUAGUCCGUCCGCAACAACCAUCUAUUGCACAAUAUUCACAAUAA